CCAAAGCAAGGUGACAUAAUAUAUGUGCACGAACUGCACGAGCAUAAGCAUGCCCAGCUAGCAUUUUUUCUGUACUAUUUUCAGCAUAAAUAGUACUGAACAGUUCUUUUAGUCCACUGCCACCCAUUAUGUAGCCAAUGGCACCUAAAAAAGACAUGAGUAGGUGGAAUCCUCCAAGUCUUACCACAACAUUUCGAAACUCAGGAUUGUUUGCAACGAUUUCUUGAGCUUUAGCAUACAGUGGCUGGUCGAAAGUAACAAAUACAGUUUUUUGAUUGGAGCCUUUUUUGGCAGCUGUGAGAAGAGCCGUAUAAAUCGUAUCAUAUUGACUUGGUGGAUUGUUUAUGAAUGGAAGACAAAUUAUCUUCGACUUCGUGAAAUCUUUAGCCGUUGCAGUCUCCAUGAAGCCGCUCCAUCCUGGAAGUUCGGAAUCUACCCAUUUUCCAUAAAGCCAAAGUAAAUCAGGAGACGAAGGUAAGAUGUCACUCGGAAGUGGAUGUGUUUUCUCGAUAUCUACAAUUUUCACCAUUUUUAAACCGUGCCGUUGGUGAUGUAGACAGCCGUCAGAUUUUUUGGUCGGGUGAUACAGCAUCAUAAGGGGUCACACAUUGGAUAGCUCCCAUAAUGUGAACAGUAUUUAAAGCAUCUAUUGUGUUGACAUUAUGGUCCGCAUUAUCACAAACAAACUGAGAGAAUGAAUUUGGGUCAAUCGAUGUACCAGCCCCAUCAGAACGAAGAACGCAAGAUUUUUCAAAGAGUGUAGUUUCAAAGUACGACGCCCAACGAUGACAACGAUCCAGGUUCCAAAAAAGUGCCAAGAGGACGCAAGAGGGUUGAACGAAUACAGGAACAUUCGCGCACAGCUAUAAGCAUAAUGGUAUGCGCAAAUGCUAAAGGAGAUCUUCUCCCACCAAUGGUGGUAUACAAGAGGCAAAACGUAUACAAAAAUUGGACCAUGGGAGGCCCCAUAGGAACUGAGUAUUCCUGCAGUAAAAGUGGCUGGUUCGACAUGAACCUGUUUGAAGACUGGUUCUUUAGCAUUUUGCUGCCACACAUACAAGUCAACAGUGAUCUAGAAACUAAAAAAAUUGUGAUUGGGGAUAACUUAGCGUCGCAUUUCUCUCCUAGAGUCAUAGAAGCUGCAAUAGAAAAUAAUAUCUAUAUGGCACCACUUCCUGCCCACUCUACUCAUAUUAUGCAGCCACUAGACGUUAGCUUUUUCGGACCCAUGAAAAAAAAAUGGAGAACGAUUCUAGAUACGUGGAGGAAGCAAUCUCGUCGUAGGGGAACAAUACCUAAAGAACAUUUCCCAUCACUCUUAAAGACGCUAUGGAGUUCGAUUGAGUUGACAGCUGAAAAAAAUAUCAAGUCUGGUUUUAAAACCACAGGAAUACAUCCAUAUAACCCCAACGAAGUGUUAUCAAAACUUCCAUCCGAACUUUCGUCUUGUGGAUCAGAAAGAAGACUGGAUGAAAGUUUAUUGGAAUUUCUAAAGAAUACUAGAGGGUACAAUAAAUCCUCUACGACAAGAAGAAGAGGGAAAAAAAUAUCAGUUCGACCUGGCCAACAAAUGCUCCAACAAACUGUGGAGCAGCAAUCAUGUUUACCUGAAAAUUUAAACGAUAUCCAGGCCUCUAAUGUGAUACCUGAUGCUUCAAGUAGUGGUACCCCAAAGGCACCAAAUGACAAUAAUGAAAAUGAACCCCUUUCUUCUAUUGCUGAGAAAUGUAAAAAAGUCAGGACAAAAAAAAAGAAUAUCAAAUCAUCUGGUUUAGUCACGCCCUCUACUAGCAAGUCGAAGCAAUCGGAUUAUGACUAUGCCACUUCAAACCAUUGCUCUGUGUGUAACUGUCAAUACUCAACCUACACAGAUCCAAGGGAUUGGAUAUGCUGUAUUUCCUGUAUCAAGUGGGUAUGUGGCAUUUGCAACCAAGGUUCCAAAGAAACAGAGUAUGAAUGCCCAGAAUGCAACCUCUGUUCGAUAUGUAAGUGCGACUUUUCUGUGUAUGUUGGCAAGCAAGAUUGGAUACGCUGCAUUACCUGCAAUCGUUGGGUUUGUGGAGCAUGCAACAAGGGUUCCAAAAACCCUAGAUAUGAAUGUCCAGCAUGCGAAGACGAGGACUAAUUUCUCAGUUUUUAUAUAACACAGAAUUGUUUUUUUUUACAUUAUUAGUUUUAUGUGUAGGACUCUUUUUAUAUAGUGGAGAAUUAGUCGGGUUUUUUUAAUUAAACCAGUUUUGAACAGCAUUACAUGCCUUUUUUAAAAAAUAUAUAUAUAUUUGGGUGUCGAAGUAAUCCACUGAAAGGCCUAUUUCGACAUUACAGUUCUUUAAGAGCAUGUGUUACGUCGUGGAAACAUUAAAAACCGGCGUUAAAAUGGUCAAAUGCCCGUCGCUGUAGACAGGGCAUUUUUCAAGAUACGUAGCUCAAAUUUGGAAUAGAGUACCUUCAAAUCUUGAGGUACAAUAUGUCUGAAUUAGAAUAUUAAAAAUCGCGAGUGUUUUUGCAAAAACUACCCUUGAAGUAUGACGUUAAUGAGAAAUAUAGUCAAUGUUUGACAUAUUUUUUAGAGGGUUAGAAUAAUAAAAGUGGAAAAACAAUUCAGUCAUAAUGGAGUUUAGACUGCUAUUUACCUUUAAAAAAAAUUGCGAGUCAUUACAGUUGAUAAUAAAAUAGUUCUGGGAUCGGGUAAAAAGUAUGUUUUCGUCAUAAUUUUUCCGGGAUCCAGUAUUAGUUUCUCCCACCUUACAUUCACAACAGUUUGGUGUGUAAUCAUUCGGUUAUACCCGCGAUCGUACGGACACAACGACUGACAAUCCAAAAAGGAAGGAAAUAUCACGAAGGAUUAGAAGUGUACUACUGUACUGUAGUUAUUAUUCUUCUUAUUACUUAUUAUUAUAACAUUUUUGCGUUACGAGGUACGUACGGGAUUGUGACUUGACGAACGCACCAUAGGAAU